AAGAACAGGGCUAUAGCAGAAGUUUUCUAAAUUAAUGACCGCUAACUGUGUGCCCGCGUUUUCUUUAAAGAUGUGAGAAUGAAACAAAAUUCACGCACAACCUCUAGAAUCUGGCGAGCGAUGCAAGUUAGUAGUGGAGAAGAUACCCUUCUACAUAUCGUGCACUGCCAGUGGAGGCAAAGCAACGUUGUCACAAUCACAGCACGUGGAAAUUUGAUAUGAAAAGUUCAAGCGCAAGUUUUGAGACGUGCGAUAUAGUUUGCUACCUUAUUGUGGAUGCUGGCGAGUGCAUAUAAAACCAUUAUGGUUACAGUAUCUGACGAUUAGUCAAGACAAAGCCAAGAGCCAGUGCGCCGUAAAAGUGCAACUUCAAGCCAUAGGAGCUUUACUACAGCAAACUGCUGAAUUCAGAUUUGUCUCAACGCUCGGCACAUCUUUUAGCCACCGCUUCAGCGCUGCAACACUGUACCCGAAGGAGAAAUGUUGGUAUCACACGGCAUACUGCACGUGUUCAGAGACCUACGCAUCGCCGGCAUUGCAAUUCAUUUUUGGCUACUCUUGACCCAACUAGCGAGCGUGUCCGCAGUCAGUGACAGUGCGAGCAACGACAAUGCCGUCAGCAUAGUCACACCAACCAGUGCUCACCUCGACUUCGGCAUACGUCAGCAACUGCUGGUGGCGCCACCACCGCCGCCGCCACGGCCAUUGAUGGACAAAACAUUGACGACACACUGUGGUAGUGAGGACAACACUAACUGGCGGCCGGUAUGCGCCACAGCAAACAAUGUCGACUAUGUGCUAUUCGGUAGCGAAUGUUUGCUAUGGCAAACCAACCGUGAGCGCCAAGAGUUGGACACAAGGGAAGUAAGGCCCGUUUUUAGGAAAAUUGCGAUGGGAUUUUGUCGACCAAAUUGUAGUGUUGUAAUUUGCGUACACAACGAGCAAAUGAUUUGUGCGCGGAAUUCACAGAAUGGCGAAAUACACAGCUUCAGCGGAGGAGAUUGUGACGUGGCACGGGAUAUAUGCCUAAAUGGCAAUGAUUGGCAGCGAAUCGCCGAAAGCGCUUGCGCAAUAACCUCCGAUAGUUCAGCCAGCAUCUCAACAAUCGUCUCAACUACCAAGACUUCAAUGCCCACCUCGGUAACAGAAAAUGCAAAACUCACCGAACACGCACACACUCAAGUAACCAAAUUACCGAAGAAGCAAACAAAGAAAUCUCCACGCAAAGCUAUACCUUGCCCAAAGAUAUUUAAUCCCGUUUGUGCCGAACUCCUUGGUGUAAAGGCGACUUUCAUCAACGAAUGCCUAGUGAAUGCAGAAAAUGUGAAUUUUGGCAAAAAUUGGCAAAUAUUCUCUGAGGGCGUCUGUGCAGAGGAUUAUGCCAGCUCAGAAACACACAAGAACGUGUUGAACAAACGCAGCACAGUUGGCAGUGCGGCUGUUACGUAUCAAUUAAAUCCAAACGAAAAGGAAUUCAGUGGCAAUACGUCAUGGAUGGCAAAUACGCAGUCUGUUUCAGAGAAUAUAUUAAGUUUAUAUGGAGAACAAGUGCAAAAAAAAGACAUCCAAUCCAGUCAGCCAUAUGAUUCAUCAGCCUUUGCCCAGUUAACGAUGCAGACGACACCUCAACAUACUAUACGCAUUCUGCCGAUGGUUGAUGAUCAUGUGGCUGUUUGCAAAUUUGGCGCUGCACCAGUUUGUGGCAGUUCUACGAAAUACACGACGCACAGUUUUGAAAAUAUUUGCGAGCUUUUGUUGCGAAACAUCAUUUUGAAUGAAUCUUGGAGCGUGGUUAACGAGGGUAAAUGCCAGAGGUGUGUACUGAAUUGUCCCAUCGAUUACGAACCGAUAUGCAUAUCCCGCAACGGGCUCAACUACACUAUAAUCAAUCAAUGUCAUUUGGAUUAUGCUGUUUGUCGAAAUAAGCAGAGCGAUUUCACAAUCCUUGGCAAAGGUGAAUGCGCAAGUGUUUUGAAAAGCAUAAGCCAGACAACAAUGCCCAGUCCAACUCCGCAUGAAGUACACUCACCCAGACAUGCGAGGAAAAUUUUGGAAUCAUCGGCACAAUUAGAAAAAAUCAAGGCUCCAGUUGAAAUUGUGGGUGUGCCAAAAACUUCUUCAGAAAUAUCUGAUAAGAAAUCUGUUAAGUACAAGAGUGGCACAGACAAAUCGUUUACUUCAAAAACAGCCAAAAAGCCUGCCGCAAUAAAAUCACAUAUAAUGAAUUUGUGGCGCAGCUCGAAGAAGAGAAGAUCACGCAUUGCAAAGAAAAAGUAAAAUUUUAAAAAUUGUUAUUUGUUAUACUCGGCAUAA